AUCCAGACGCGAUUAAAUAUUUUGUGCUUGAUAUGUUUAAGAGCGGUACAUGAGCAUUGAUAAUUUUUUACGAUUCUAGCACCGCAGAUGAUAAAAUCAACAUGAAUGUGUCUGCUUGGAUGACCUUAUGCUUAGGAGGUAAUCGCUGCAUCCAAUGUCAUUUUUAGAGAAGAUGUGGAUGUAUGUGCUUUUCACUGCUUUUUGAUGGAAUUAAGGAAAUUCUGAACCGCAGCUUCCCCGUAUUUUUUAACCUUUUUUUUUCUUUAGCUCGUUGGGUCUGUGGUGCUACAUAAAUAGGCCCUCUUCUGAGCACGGGAGUAGCUUGGAUCGUCCAUGCCUGUGAGUGGCAUCUAUGAAGGACGUACAAGUUGUUAUUGUUACUCAGACAUAUGGUGCUCAUGGUGUGCAACGGCCUACAUCUUUCGCUACACUUUUGGACCAAUCCACUGAUCAGAUGAGGAAUGAUACAUCUAGGAAGAAGAAGAAGAAGAAGAAUGAAGGCCUUUUAUCAAACUUGAUGGAUGAUACAUUAGUUGUUUCGGGUAAUGGCAGUAAACUUAACAAUUUGUUAGUUGACUCCUGUCAUAGAACCAGAGGCAUGGGCAAGGCUAAAUUGGAUAUUUCGCAUGCUAACUGAUUCUGUGAGUGUUGGCUGACUCUUGACGUACUUUUUUCUCUGUCUACUUUUUAAUCCUUUUUUUGGGUAUACAUGUAUUUAUAAGUGUGUUGUAUGAUGGGUGGCUCGGGUGUGAAUUUGGGCCCUGUUGUCCAAACUAUUUGUACUUUUCCACACAAUUCUUAUAUAUU